UGUGACCUUUCACCCAGUUCAACUCUCCGUACGGUCAUGUUGCGUCACAUUUUACUCUCCUAGUCCACUUUUUCCUUCGUUUUGAGUCCUAAAACUCCAUCACAAGCAUGGAUACCGCCGUACAAGUACUGGACACGUACAGGGGAAGGGACAAAGUCAUCCGAACUUGCGGGUACACCAUCCAACUCAUCGCGGGACUGUUACCGAAGGAGCACCAAGCUUUUGCGGACGCCUUGAUCGGGACGGCUUCGACUCUUAGCGGCUCUAGAGUCGUCCUAAGACUUUGCGACGACAUCCCGAUGCUUGCAUACAACAUGGGAUACGGCUUGGGUGGACAUGAAAAGGACCAGUUCAUUCGAUGGGUGGACGUGGUGAAAAACAUGGUGGACCAGUUCUACGGCCCGGUGGAGCACGUGAUGUGGGCCACGGAACGCCAGCUGCUGCCCGGCGCGUACACGGAGAAACUCAAGGAGUGGUGCACCAAGAUCUGGGCUAUUUCUCUAACCUUGAACAUUCUCAGGUCCUUGAGAGCUUUGAUAAUCCUCAGACUGAAGAAACAAAGGCUGGCAAAGUCAAAACAGAUGGAAGAAAAUGACGAAGCUGACAAAAAAGAUGACGAAGCUGACAUAAAAGAGUCAAUGAAAACUCUGAAGUUGCAGGCGUUUAACGUCUGGUUGACGCUGGUCGGGAGCUCGACAGAUUUGGUCAACGCCAUCAACUGGAUGCCUCCCGGGUUUCUGUGGGCGGGGAAAAACCCGCUGGCUCUAACCGGCGUCAUGGGCAUGAUCUCUUCUUCCAUUGGGCUGUACAGGGUUUACGCCUCGAAAGUCAAGCAGGCGUAAAACAUUGUACACCAGGGCUCAAAGUAGCCUCCAUAGCAGACUUA